CUAGAAAAAAAAGAAAAAAAGAAUAGAGGGAGCCAGAGCAUUCCUUAAAGAGACACAGAACCACCCCAGCCCACCCCUACGAAAAAAAAAAAAAAAAAUCUCAAUCGGAGACUCCAAAAGGGAUAAAAAGGAGCUGGAGAGUGAAAGACCUGUCAAUCAAUCAAUCCUCUUCAGUGGGCAGCAUACCAUACGAUAGGUUUAGUAAUGGCAGCUACAGCUGCCUCAAGUUCUGUAUUGAUGAUGAACGUGCCUCAAACCCGUGCACCCCUUACUCCUCCUAAAGAUGAUACUCUCUCAAGGAAGAACCGGAUAAACCUAAUUCAGCCUCGCCGAUUCCCUUUGAUUCGAUUCCACUCCAACCACCAUCAAUCUUGGAAUUCCGUUUCCUCCAAAAGGUGGUCACACGAGAUUGCUACGGGUGGAUCAGGCUCUCUUAGAAAGAAGAAUAAUGCUUGGAAACAAUGUAGUUCUUCCCUCGGCGAGAGAGUGGUCGGGGCAUAUUUUCCAGAACAAUUUAAGUGCAUGUCUUGCUCCCUUAACCGUCUUAGAAGCCGCUAUAGCAUCAAAGGAUCUACACCAACUAUACCAAGAGCCUUUGUUGAUAAGUCUGCUUUUAAUUUGUCUGGCCAUUCACUUGAUACUGCUUCUGUGAAGCAUGUUCAUGUCCCAUGUACAUCGAUGGGUCCAAAUGAGCCACAUGCAGCAAGUAUAGGCUGCCCAGAUGGUAUUCUUGAGAGACAAGAUUCUGAUUUAUUAGAUUCGGAAUUAGAAAGGGCAAGACUAUUUGAGUUUUUGCAUUCUGAACUUCCAUGUCACCCAAAGUUGCACAGAGGGCAACUGAAAAAUGGACUCCGUUAUCUUAUUCUACCAAAUAAAGUUCCACCAAACAGGUUUGAGGCACACAUGGAAGUUCAUGCAGGAUCAAUAGACGAGGAAGAUGAUGAGCAAGGAAUUGCACAUAUGAUUGAACAUGUUGCAUUCCUUGGAAGUAAGAAACGCGAGAAACUUCUCGGAACAGGUGCCCGAUCUAAUGCUUACACUGAUUUCCACCAUACAGUUUUCCACAUUCAUUCACCAACUAGUACAAAGGAUGCUGAUGGAGAUCUACUCCCCUCUGUGCUGGAUGCCUUGAAUGAGAUAGCUUUCCACCCAAGUUUCCUUGCUUCUCGAGUUGAAAAGGAAAGGCGCGCUAUACUUUCAGAACUACAAAUGAUGAAUACUAUAGAAUAUCGUGUUGACUGCCAGCUGUUACAACAUCUACAUUCAGAAAACAAGCUUAGCAAAAGGUUCCCGAUUGGACUGGAAGAGCAGAUUAAGAAGUGGGAUGCAGAUAAAAUUAGGAAAUUUCAUGAGCGUUGGUACUUCCCUGCAAAUGCAACUCUAUACAUUGUUGGCGACAUUGAUAACAUUUCAAAGACAGUUCACCAGAUUGAAAAUGUCUUUGGACAAACUGGUCUGGAAACCGAGACAGUUUCUGCUCCUUCUCCAAGUGCAUUUGGUGCAAUGGCUAGUUUUCUUGUUCCUAAACUCUCAGUUGGGCUCCCUGGAAGUUCGUCCCGUGAAAAAUCAUCUAUUUCUCUUGACCAAUCUAAAAUCAUUAAAAAGGAAAGGCAUGCGGUUCGUCCUCCUGUGGAGCAUUAUUGGUCUCUCCCUGGAAGCAAUGCAAAUUUGAAGCCACCACAGAUAUUUCAGCACGAGUUUCUUCAGAAUUUCUCAAUUAAUAUGUUCUGCAAGAUUCCGGUGAGCAAGGUCCAAACAUAUGGUGACUUGCGUAAUGUUUUGAUGAAGAGAAUUUUUCUAUCUGCACUGCACUUCCGGAUUAAUACAAGAUACAAGAGUUCAAAUCCACCAUUCACUUCAGUUGAAUUGGAUCAUAGUGAUUCUGGAAGGGAAGGAUGCACUGUCACAACUCUUACAGUAACUGCAGAACCCAAGAAUUGGCAAAAUGCAAUUAAAGUUGCUGUUCAAGAGGUUCGAAGGCUUAAAGAAUUUGGUGUCACAAAAGGUGAAUUAAAUCGCUACAUGGAUGCUCUUCUAAAAGAUAGCGAACAUCUGGCAGCCAUGAUUGAUAAUGUGUCAUCUGUUGAUAAUUUGGAAUUUAUCAUGGAGAGUGAUGCUCUUGGCCAUACUGUGAUGGAUCAGAGACAGGGACAUGAGAGUUUGUUUGGUGUUGCUGGAACAGUCACACUUGAAGAAGUCAAUUCUAUUGGUGCCAAGUUAUUAGAAUUUAUCUCUGAUUUUGGAAAACCAACCGCACCAAUUCCUGCAGCAAUUGUUGCAUGUGUUCCUUCAAAAGUGUAUUUUGAUGGAUUGGGUGAAACUGAGUUCAAGAUAUCAUCAAGUGAGAUUAUAGCUGCCAUAAAAUCAGGAUUGGAGGAAGCAAUUGAGGCUGAGCCAGAGCUUGAAGUGCCAAAGGAACUGAUAACUUCAACACAGUUAGAGGAGUUACGAUUACAACUCACGCCGUCCUUUAUCCCUUUAGUUCCAGAUGCAGAUUACACGAAAUUGCACGACCCAGAAACAGGCAUCACUCAGUGUCGUCUUUCAAAUGGAAUUGCUGUAAAUUACAAGAUAUCUAAAAGUGAAUCCCGGGGAGGUGUCAUGCGGCUAAUUGUGGGUGGGGGCCGAGCAGCUGAAAGUUCUGAGUCAAAAGGAGCAGUUGUUGUGGGUGUUCGAACUCUCAGUGAGGGUGGUCGUGUUGGCAACUUUUCAAGAGAACAGGUAGAACUUUUUUGUGUGAAUCACCUGAUAAAUUGCUCUUUGGAGUCAACUGAGGAAUUUAUUUGUAUGGAGUUCCGCUUUACUCUGCGAGACAAUGGGAUGCGAGCAGCAUUUGAGUUACUUCAUAUGGUGCUUGAGCAUAGCGUUUGGCUGGAUGAUGCAUUGGACAGAGCCAGGCAACUAUACUUGUCAUAUUACCGGUCUAUUCCCAAAAGCUUAGAACGUGCAACUGCUCACAAGCUCAUGACAGCAAUGUUGAAUGGGGAUGAGCGAUUUAUUGAGCCAACCCCACAAUCAUUACAAAAUCUAACACUGAAAUCCGUAAAGGAUGCAGUGAUGAAUCAGUUUGUUGGUGGAAACAUGGAGGUCAGUAUUGUUGGGGAUUUCUCGGAGGAGGAGAUUGAGUCUUGCAUUAUUGAUUACCUGGGCACAGUUAGAGCAACAAGAGAUUCUGAUCGUGAACAAGAAUUCAAUCCUGUCAUGUUUCGACCAUCGCCAUCUGAUUUGCAAUUUCAACAAGUCUUUUUGAAGGAUACUGAUGAGAGAGCAUGUGCAUAUAUUGCUGGUCCUGCACCAAAUCGUUGGGGUUUCACUGUUGAUGGAAAAGACCUAUUUGAGUCGACGAGUGGCAUUUCAGUUACAGCUGAUACACAACCAAAUUCUGACCCACAGCAGAUAGACAGGAAGGAUGUCCAGAAGGAUAAGCAAGGAAAACUUCGCAGUCAUCCUCUCUUUUUUGGCAUAACAAUGGGGCUACUGGCUGAGAUCAUAAAUUCACGGCUUUUUACCACAGUCAGGGAUUCUCUUGGGUUGACAUAUGAUGUAUCGUUUGAGUUAAGCCUGUUUGAUAGGCUUAAGCUUGGAUGGUAUGUGGUAUCAGUAACAUCAACUCCAGGCAAGGUACAUAAAGCGGUUGAUGCAUGCAAAAGUGUUCUUAGAGGGUUGCAUAGCAACAAGGUUGCCCAGAGAGAGUUGGACAGGGCAAAACGGACACUGCUAAUGAGACAUGAAACUGAGAUUAAGUCCAAUGCCUACUGGCUUGGAUUGCUUGCUCAUUUGCAAGCCUCUUCUGUUCCGAGAAAGGACGUCUCAUGCAUUAAAGAUCUCACUUCACUAUAUGAAGCAGCAACUAUUGAGGACAUAUACGUUGCAUAUGAACAGUUGAAAGUAGAUGAGGAUUCUCUGUAUUCAUGCAUUGGGGUUGCUGGGGCACAAGCUGGAGAGGAGAUUAAUGCUUUAGAAGAGGAAGAAACAGAUGAUGAUUUUCAGGGAGUCAUACCUGUGGGACGUGGUUUGUCUACAAUGACACGGCCAACCACUUGAUCUUCCUCGAUCUAACAUGAUUGACAGCAGUGAAAUCAUUUUCACUUAGUGUUGGAAGGACUGCGGGAAGCUCUCCACCUGAUUCGAAGGUCACAUGUCUGCCGAUCGACAAUCGGGGCUGUCCCAUAAAGCUUCACCUUAGAAUUCAGCAAAGUCCAAGGCGUGGAACCCGCACAUCAAAGUGGUUCAAAUAUAUAUCAAAUCAAAUGCCCAGCAAAAGCAGUUGUGGAAUUCCACUAGCUGAUAAGGUUAUUUUGAUUACUAACAACUUAAAUCAUUGGGAUACCAGAAAUUGGACAGAUAGUGUAGACUGUGUACAGCUGCCGUUCUUGGUCAUUGGCCACUUGAAUCUAUGAUAGUUUACAGCAUACAGCGGUGCCAAUUAUUUCUAAUGUAAAUCAACAAAUUGUGUGCACUUGAUGGUAUUUAUACUGCAUUAGAGAAAUAAAAAUCUUGGUGCUCGAGCUAAGUUUCUCA